AUGUCAACUUUAAAUCUAUCGACGACAGACCCCACCGUUCAUAAUUUAUUACGAUUUGGCAUUUUCUCAACAGGAGCGAUCGCCUACACCUUCACCGAAUCGCUUCUCAAAAACAAUUACGGCUUUCCGAAACAUCAAAUUCAAGUCGUUGCUGUUGUUUCCAGAGAGUUGGAAAAGGCACAACAAUUUGCCAAUCAUUUCUCAACUAUUGGCAAUACGACAUCCAAAGAGAAGAAUGGCAACUCGGAAAUGGAUUCAUCUUCAAUAUUACAUCAAAUUAAAGCCUAUGAUGAUUAUGAACAAUUUUUCAAUGAUGAUUCCAUUGAUAUAGUAUAUAUUGCAUCUCCACACUAUCUUCAUUAUGAACAUUGUAAAAUGGCAUUAGAACAUGGUAAGAAUGUGUUAUGUGAAAAGGCAUUCACAAUCAAUGCAAAAGAAGCUUCUGAAUUGAUUGAAUUAGCAAAACAAAAGAAUUUAUUUCUCAUGGAAGGAAUGUGGACAAGAUUUUUCCCAGCCAAUCAAGAAAUGAUGAAACUCAUCAAAAAUGGAGAAAUUGGUCAAAUUACUCACAUCAAUGUGAGCUUGGGAUUUGUUGGAGCUAAACGUCAACCAUCAAAAGAUCAUCGAUUGUACAAGUUGGAAAGUGGAGGAGGAUCUUUAUUGGAUUGUGGAGUUUAUUGCAUUUCAUCCAUCAUUCAAAUUGUGAAUGGAAUUGGUUGUGGAAAAGUUUCAAAAAUUCAAUCAUUCAUGAAUAUCGAUUCACAAACUGGAACCGAUACUCAAUGCAGUGCUUUGAUUGAAUUUGAGAGAUUCGAUAGUAGUGGUUACAACAAUUCCCAACCCAUCUAUGCCACGUUUCAUUGCAGUUUUGUCAAUGAAUUUUCAAGAAUUUUAGAAAUUUGUGGCAGUGAUGGUAUUAUUCAAGUCCACAAUAGUUUUCACAGACCCACUAGUUUUUCCGUGAUCAAACAAGGAUCCACUCGUACCUAUGAAUUUCCAAAAGAAAAUGAUUAUCAAGAAGGAUCUGGCUUUUUCUAUGAAAUUAAGCAUGUUUUAGAAUUGUGGCGAGAACAGAAAAUAGAGAGCCCGAUCAUGCCACAUCAUGAAACACUUUCAGUCAUGCAAAUCAUGGACACUAUACGACAAGCUCAUCAAUUUUACUAUCCCAAAGAAAAAGAAGAACCAUCAUCCUCAUAUGUAAACCCCCUCAAACCAACAAUCCAAUGA